UGUAGAAAUCGAAUAUUCCAGUUUUUAUUCAUGGUUCCACCUCUGAGCGAAAAAUGAAAAUUCAAGCUGAAUUCUUGUAUUCCGUUUUUCUGGAAAAAAUGAAAAAAACGAAAAAGGAGCCGUUUUCUCAUGCUUCGUCUUUUAAUAUUAAAUCAAAAAACGAAUGGACGAAUGAUACACGGACUUGCUGCUCUCAUACUUGGGUUUCAUACUAACUCAUCUCAUUAAGCCUUCAAGACCGGAAGUUUCACUAGAACAUGCAGCAUGUUCCUGCGCCUAAAUCUUCUGCUGCUGUUCUGCUUUGUCAGUCAUGGCGGAACCACCCAACCUGACCUUAAAUCUGUGAAAGGAAAAAAGGGAGGCAGUGUCAAACUGGAAUGUAAACUUGAGAACAAUGAAGUUGUUAAUUUAAUCAGACGGUCAAAAAUCAUCCUUUACUGUCAGAACGAAGAAUGUGAGCCUAACACUGAAAAUGUACAAGGGAUAUGUAAAGGAGGAGCCUGUGACAUCUACAUCAACAAUCUGAGCUUCAGUGAUGCUGGGAAAUACAUCCUAAGGUUCACAAAUUGUCUAACAGAGGAGGAGCAACAAAUCAGGACAUACCAACUUCAUAUUCAGGAUGAGAUUUCCGUGAAAAUCGGCGAGGAGCUAAAGUUGGAUAUUCUUUCCAAUGCUGAAGUUGUUGAGCAUCAGGACAAAACCAGCAAAGAGUGGAUAAAGGUCUGGAGCAGAAACAAAGGGGUUCAGAGUGAUCGAAUGAAUGAUACUGAUGGAAACCUGACCAUCAUAUCAUUUACAUCCAACGACACUGGAAUGUACAGCAUUCUGGAGUCAGAUGGACAGCCCUUAAUCACAGUGACAGUCACAGUAUCAAGUACCGAAUUAAAGGGAAAACAGGACAAGACACAUGAAGACAAAACUCACAAUCAAAUUCCUGUUUGGGUUUGGAUUUUGAUUUUGACUGGGGUGUUUCUGGUGGCUCUGCUCUGAUUGCAUUAGUUGUCAUCAAGAAACGAAAACGUCUGACUAUGAAUGGGAACAAUGAACAGGAUUACACCCCUGGGGUCCAAAUGUAAAAAACCAUACAGGAACCCAGAGCACAAAAUGACAGCAAUGGUGCAUUCAGAGACAACAGAUCUGCAGAGGAUUCUGUCAGCAUAUCAUUCCAAACUGAACCAGCUGAUAAAAUGUCUCCACCUACUGGACAUUUUAGUUUCAUAUUUCAAGUAUUAUUUUAUUUUUUAAAAAUCAUUCCAAAUGUAUAGACCAGGGGUGCUCAACCCUGGUCCUGGAGAUUGACUUUCCUGCAGAGUUCAGCUCCAACCCUGAUCAAACACACCUGAACCAGCUAAUUAGGAUCUGAAGGAGCGCUUGCUAAUUACAGACAGGUGUGUUUGAUUAGGGUUGGAGCUGAACUCUGCAGGAAAGUCGAUCUCCAGGAACAGGUUUGGGCACCCCUGUUAUAGACCAAAUUAGAGUAGAUGUCACAGCUACUUCACUUGCAGCUGCGCAUGCAUACUCAACAAAAUUGUUUUUUACAGUGUCAGCUUAAAAUAAUUUGUUACCUGGCUGCCUUAAAAUUUUAACUGAUUCAACUCAAAAAUAAGUUUCGUCAACUUAAAAUGGUAAGUUGUACUAAGUCACAACUUGUAUAUAGUAUAUAGUAGAUUCAACUUACUCAGCUUUAAGUUUAACAAAAUCACUGUCAAAAUCAGAAUGCAAAUAUUUUUUAUAGAAUACUGUCGUCAAAGACACCAUUUGAAGCUAAAUACAGAUGUUUAAAUGGACAUAAUAUUGAUGAAAACGGCUAUGAUUACUC